AUGGGGGCCUGGAGUCUGCUGGGACGUAUUCUAGAGGAAGUUCACAUCCACUCCACCAUGGUCGGCAAGCUCUGGCUCACCAUCCUGUUCGUAUUCCGAAUGCUUGUUCUGGGCAUAGCAGCUGGAGAUAUCUGGGAGGACGAGCAGUCUGGCUUCAUCUGCAACACAGAACAACCCGGCUGCAGAAACGCAUGCUACGACCAGGCCUUUCCCAUCUCCCUCAUUAGGUACUGGGCUUUGCAGGUGGUCUUUGUGUCGUCACCGUCUCUGUGCUACAUGGGCCAUGCUUUGUACCGGCUGAGGGUUCUGGGGAAAGAGCGGCGGAGGAUGAAAGCUCAUUUAGAACCGGAAAGGGUAGAGUUCGAGACACCUGGGGAUCAGAGGAACCUGGAGCCAGAGCUUUGCCAGCUGGGACAGAGGAAACGGAGCAAAGCUCCACUCCGAGGUGUCCUACUGUGCACCUACAUGAUACACAUUCUCACUCGCUCUGUGCUUGAAGUCGGCUUCAUGAUUGGACAAUACCUUUUAUAUGGAUUCCACCUGCAGCCUCUAUUUAAAUGCCACAGGCAGCCCUGUCCGAACAUAAUUGACUGUUUUAUCUCACGACCAACAGAAAAGACAAUAUUCCUAUUAUUUAUGCAAUCCAUAGCCACGGUUUCACUUUUCUUGAGCAUUCUAGAAAUCUUCUACCUAGGGUUUAAAAAGAUUAAAAGAGGGCUUUGGGGCCAAUCAAAAUGGAAGGCUGAACAUAAGGAAUUCCACGCAAACCAGUCCAAACAAAAUCAGAGGGCACCUGCCAAGUCGCCAAAGCGACUCCCUCCUGUGCCUGGUCAUUUCUCAGCGGAAAAGCAAACACACAGGGCAGUGCACCCUAGUUUAAAUCCAUCUCCCCCAUUCCAGGCAGAUCCUGGCAAGCACCGUGUAAAUGACCAGCAAUGUGCUCUGGAUGAACCAGGAGCUGUGUUUUCUGGUAAGAUGCGUUCACUUCGUACUGCUCACAGUCAUCUUCAACACAUCCACUCCAAUCACAGCAAGGAUCCUCAUAAAACAUUUGGAGAAGCAGCUAGUGGGAACCACUUAAGGGAAAAAAGAGCAACUGACGGCCAAGACAGCCAAAGGAACCACUGCAGCAGAGGUCGCUGUUCUGUGUCAGGUGUUGCUGGAGACCUGGACAACUACACCGAGAGGUUGCCCCAAGCAGGUGUCUCUCUGCCAGCUAACCACACCUGGAAACCGAGGUGGCUCAGUGCCACGCGGGGGCCCUCCGCAGAAGGUGGAAACUGGAGGUCGCCUCCAAAUGGUAACCUCAUUCCAAACGGCAGCCUCGAGGGCCCGUUACGGGAGGGCACAGCCAGCACCUCCCCAGCCUCACAAGGGGACUCCCAGCUGCUUCCUAGUCCACAGGCACCCAGCUCUUUGAGAGGGCCGUGCUGUGAGCCUGGGUUGGUCAGACCCUGCAAUAAUCCUGUUUGUCCUCCAAAUCCUGCAGUGUCCUUGACCAACAGCCUCGCGGGGAGGCGGCUUCCCACCGACCUCCAGAUCUGA